UACCUCCGCUUGUGCCGCGUCCCCCAUCAGUGUGCGUAAGUGCGGCCGUUGUGUGCUUGUGUGCUUAAGUCGCGUGUCGUCGCCGCUUCCAUGUAAACGAAAAUUGUGCAAAAGGCCAAAACUUGAUUUGCGCGCACGGCCAGCAGUAAAUCAAUUUAACAAUAUCAAUUCGCUCGUAAAACCGUUUGAGAAAACACGUUGUAUAAAACAAAACAUAAAUUUAUCCACGUUCAAACCAUAUGCAGCUGAAGUGUUAAUCGAAAAGCUACAAUAAAGCCAAAGAGAAACAGAAGCGGACUAAUAAAAACAACAACAACAACAUGUGAGGCUGCUGAGGAGAUGUUAGCUCUGCCACUUGAAAAGAUGGCCGUCAGGAUGUGCAGCAUCGCUCCCAUCGCCAUCAUCUAGCUGCAUCAGCAGCAGCAGCAGCAGCAGCAGCAGCAGCAGUAAGCUUUCCUCACUCACAGAUACACACGCACACCCAUGCCGCUGGCAGCCAGACACUUGCACACAGAUACAAAUGCCAGCAGCUCUUAAAGGCUGGAUGGAUCCCAAGCGAAUUUCAUUUUUGAGUAUUAGCAAUAAAGCCACCGAAGCUUUUUCGAGGCCCACAAAAAAGCAUUCGGUUGUUGUUGCACAGGACUUGCAAGGAAAGACAGCAACAACGAUCGGCGCGGGCGCUGCAGUUGGACGACUCGUUGUAAUACCCUCUGAAAGGGUAGGAAAAAGCUCAGUCAGAUUUUGACAGUUGACAUCGCGAGACGCUCGGGCGCACAGAAGCAACAUCGACUCGACGGCGACGCGUCGCUCGUUGCAGCCGCGCUGUCGCGUUUUUUUUAGUUUGAUUGAUUGCGAUUAUGAGCGAGACCUUCAAGCUGUCCGGAAUGCAGCGCAGCAAUAUCGAGUUGGAGCGUCGGCGGCACCUGGCCAACUGGCUGUUGAAUAGCAGUCCCCACAUGGCUGCCGCAGCCGCAUCAUCAGCAACACCCACUGCUGCAGCAGCAGCACCCACUGUUGCGGCACAAACAACAAACACUGGCUCAACAGGAGCGGGAGUGGGCGGUGCAGCAGCAGCGGGCGCACCCAGCAACAGCGUCGCAGCUGCAUCAGCAGCUGCAUGUAACGGUGGUACCACGACGGGCCCCCAUCACGGCCACCACCCUCUGGGCGGUGGUGCCGGGGCGCGGAAGCCCAAGCUGCGGCGCUUCAACUCCCACGAUACCAGCUCCAACAUGUUCUCCGUGGCAGAGUUCGAGAACGCUCGCCUGGCCCGCCGCAACGAGAUCGAGCUGAGCCAACGACUGGCGCGUCACCUGCGGAGCAGCGCCAAGUGGGACAGUGUAAUAUCGGGAUCGGGGUCAGGACCUAGAGCAGCAGGUGGCUAUUCAGGAUUCUGUGGCGGCCUCAAUGGCAGCGGCGAUUACUCCACCGGGGACAGCAAAGACUCCAAGGGCAGCAACGAAUCGCAGCAGGAAGCACUGCCCGCCGAUGUGUUUCUGGAACGGAAUACCCUGCCUCGUGUUGCCCGCAUCUUGCACACGAGCAAGAACUCCAACGAAACGCUGCAGUCCAGCUCAUCGCACGGUUCGUCUACGGCAGCUUCAAGCAGCUCCUCUGUUGAAGCUAAACCGGUGGUCAGUGGUGUAGGAAACAUAUCCACUGGCACAGGCACAGGCACAGGCACUGGCACUGGCACUGGCACUGGCACCGGCAACCAUUCAUCGUCCAGCGGAGGAAGUGUCUCCGGAAUCGGAAGUGGCUCUGGUUCUGUUCUUGGUCCUGGCCACCAAAGCAAAAAGAGUCAAAAUAGCAACAACGGUGGCAUGCCGCCCGCCCACGACGAGCUCUUUUUGCUCUACAGGCUGGUGCGUCAGCGGAACAUCUACCACGGACACAAUGCCAAGUCACAAGCAGCCCAGCGAAAGAAGACGGUGCUCAUUCCACAGGAGUUUUCGGGUUACUUUUCACUGCUAAGCGAGAAGGGUUUGCCUACGGCCACGCAAUACGGUUCGCUGAUGCAGCUGGUGCGGGAGCGUGUGUACAAGUUUGCUUCGGUGGACAAUAUGCCGGCGUUUACGGAAUCGUCACCCAGCACUAGUGCCACUAGUCCAACUCACGAGGGUUGCUUACCCAUCAUCAUUAAGGGACGACCGCAGUAUAUAAAGACGACGGCGAGGGGCGGACAGGUAUUUCGACUUUUGGCCGUGUUCGAGGAUGGAAAGCAGGAGCAGCAGCACGCCAACCUUUCGCCACACUGCAACGCUUCCAAUGCGUCCAAAUCUCACAGUAGCAGCGGCUAUUUGGGACGCGAGAAGGAAAAGAAUCGGUAUGCCCAACUGCUGAAUGACAACAGGCAGGUGUUUUACGUCCCGCUGUCCACCAAGGGCAAGUUCUAUGAGAUUGAACCGGGCAUACCCCAGCUGCUUCAGAAACUGGGCGACGCGCAGCGCAAGUUAAAUCCGGAGUGUGUGCAUCGGUUGGGGGCUUUGGUGGCAGCGGCCAAGCAAUUGCCCCUAACCCUUCGCUAUAUUUCGGGUCCAGGUGCCGGUUCCGAGAUUCCCGAGCAGCUGUGCAUUAGCCAGGUGAGCAAGGAGGACGUGGUCAUCGGAUGUUCAAUCGAGGAUGUGGACGCCCAGACUCCUUUGCAGCUGAAGAAGUUCUACCCCAGUCGGGAUGUACAGCUGGUUAAGAGUUUUUUGGGCUUUGACACCGAACAACGGAUGUUGGCCAACACAAAUGUGCAGAAUAUGCUUAAGUUCUGCCAGUUUAACUGCGAUUCGUUCCUGAAGCUGGUAGAGAUCGAUACGGUUCAGCGAGCAGAUCGUUCCGGUAGUAAGAGCAGCCGAGAAGGUCUUAGAAUCUUGAAGCCGCUGCACUUCCCAAAGAUCUUAAGGCGCGAGAAGAGCACCAUGGCAGCGGCCCACGAAAAGGAGGAUUCGAUUAUCUUUCUCAGCAAAUCAGAUUUGGAGAAUCUGGAGGAGGCCAAGGAGGCAGCAAGCGCGAAUCGGAUAUCCGAACGCAUGAAGGUAUUCCAGUCCACCAAGAAGAAGUGGUUCGGCAAAAACCAUCCUCAGCACCAGCAACAUCUUGAGAAGCAGCAAUCUAACUUGGAUCUGGACGAACAGGCCAAACGGAUGAGUAUGGAACGCUACACGGAUAUGUCCAAGCUGCUACAGGAACGGUUCGGUUCUGAGCAUCCCGACCAGCCAGAGCAGGAGGAUGGCAUAUCCCUCAAUAGCACAGGAGCUUCUGAAACCGAGACCACAACCCUGACCACCAUGGAGCACAAGUCACUGGAUACUCUUAUGCAGAAGUCCAUGUCACUGCAGGACAUUAAAUUGUUGAACGGCGUUCAGCGCAAGUCAGCGCGACCAGAUUUGCUGGUCAGUCACAGCCACAGCCACAGUCACAAUCACGCCGAUGUCGAUGCCAUCAGCGAGGCGGGCACCGAGCUGGACGAUGUGGAGAACCAGACACCUCCACCACAGUCCUUUAUUACGGAGAAAUUGUACAACGAGUUCCAUGUGAAGACCCGGCAGUAUAGCAAAUCCUCAUCAAGUCUGCACCAAAUGCGUCAUUUCUCGUUACCUCAGAAAAUGCAGCUUCACGAGGCGGAGAAAGAGAAGCGCCACUUGAUUCAGCUAAAGGCCAAGCAGCUGUCAUCGGCCAAGGAACCAGUCACUGGCAGGAGGGCAGCGGGUGGUGUCUGUCUGUUGGGCGGAGGACUCAAUCAGAUGCCGGGCUCGCCCUCGCCCUUUUCGUUGGUGGAAGAUGAUCUUCCCUACUCGAGUGUGCGUGAUUCGCUGGUUACCACCGGCGAUGGCUGCCUGAGAUCGACGGAGGUUGCAACUAGGCCUAGAUCGACGCCUGUCGUGGAUUACACCAAGGAGAAUAUUUACGCAGAAAUCUGUCCGCCGCUACACACCGUUGGGACCCCACAGUUCAACGGUGUACCAGACGAUGAUGGUGAUUACGCGUCGCUCAAGUAUCCGGCGGCCAGCAGCGGUCCGCAGUCCGUCAGUCGCAUCGAGGUAAAUGGAGAUGCGGCAAAGAGCGGCGCCGCCAUUAGCUAUCAUACCGUGUACCUGGGGGAGAUGCCGCUGGGCGAGAGGCACACUGCACAACACAUCACCACUGUGGAGCUUGCUGGAGAGGAUAACAUUUACAAUACGCUCAAAUGAUGACUCAUGUGAUUCCGGCGACGUAAGUUUGUCGGCGCCAAGGGCUUAUUUUAAGGAGACGCUUUUGGUCAAAGGGGCAAGGAAGAAGUAAACAAAAAAACUCCAGUCACACACGAUCUUAGCAUACUCGAGCUUUAUCGAACAAUUUUCAAUUUAUUGUCCUGUCCAAAUUAUUCAAACACAAAGAAAAGACUAUGAUUUCUUUCAAUCAAGUUCAAUCCCCUUACUAAUCUCUUUCUUUCGUUUCAAUGUAAGAAAAUAUUAAGAAAAUAUAUUUUCAUUUGUGUUUUUUCCGCAAUGUAGACUUUAUUAAAAAGUAAUUUCAUGUUUCUAAUCAAUAUAAUUUGCCACAAUAGCUCAAUAGUUCGCUAGUAAUAAAAAACGAUUAGAUUAGUUAUAAUUUCAGUAAAUCUUUUCUUAAAGAUAGGUGAUUGAACAAGAUCUGUUUAAUUGGACAAGCAAAUAAGAAGGAAAAGCCCCCAAUCUGAUCUUAAAUGAAUUUAUAUUUUAUUAAAUUAUAUAGUAAGUUAAGAGAAUAAUAGCUUGGUUAAUGCCAGCGUACAUAUGAUUGCAGACACAGAUCUGAUAGUAGUUUUCAAUUUAAGAAACCAAUUUAAAAUUGUUUGUCGGCCCUUUGACCAUGGCCCAAAAGAGUUUAAUGAUAAUAUAAAAUAUUCCAUAUAUACCAAAUAUAUAUGGCGCUGAUGCACAAAACAAAAACACAAAUGUAAAGAAGGCCACGUUUUCGUUUCGGAGAGAAUCCAACCAAGCAUAAUUUGUGCAAAUUCAAACAGAAUUUGAAUCUUUGUUAACAAAAACACCUAGAGAAAUAAACGAAAAGGGAAAUCUCUGUCAUAACAUAUAACACACAAAAACGUAUAUGUAUUUGUAGAGAGUAGUAUUUUAGCAUACCCAAACAAACAAUAUCGACAAGUGAAAUUUUAAAAAAUACAUUAUAUACCAAGUGAAGACAAGCAAUUUGUAUUGUACAUAAUCUACUUAUGUAAGGGCGGAUCUCCUGCGCCGCCAGUCCACGACCCGCCCGCUCCCCAAAAAUACAACAAAAGAAUCAUAUGAACGAAA